CUUUCUUCACGCAACUAACGCUACUUGAAACGUAUAAAAGUGGGAGUCAUCCGAAUCCCGAUCAGUUAGUUAGCUGUUACAACUCGCAAGCGCGUGCUUCAAAUAGAUCGCUGGUGUUCAGUAGAAGAAGUAGUGAAUUCAAAAUGAGAACGAUAGUUGUAUUCUUUGCGCUGCUGAUCGCUGCAUUCGCCGCUCCUGUGGAUGAUUCGAGAAGUGCACAGAUCUUGAAAUACGAUAGUGAAAAUAUCGGAAUUGAUGGAUAUCGCUUCGAAUUUGAAACCAGCGAUGGUACCGCACGGCAGGAACAGGCGGAACUUCGCAAUGCAGGAACCGACACGGAAUCGAUAGUGGUUCGUGGUUCGUACUCUUACAUUGGCCCGGACGGAACUCAGUACGUGAUAAGCUACGUGGCUGACGAGAACGGUUUCCAACCGGAGGGCGCCCACAUACCUAAGUGAGGACAAAAUGUGGAUACUGCUUUUUUACCGCCGAAUGUCGAGUUUGUAACAGUGACUGAUGUUGAGUUUAGUUUUAUUUGAACACUUAGAUGCGUUUGUUUUGAACACGAAAUAAACUGUUUGCGAAUUAUA